CACAGACGCUUAAACGAAAUCAACCAAUCUUGUCUAUUAUUGGCCGAUAAAAUAAUGCACACAGUUAUGUCUCGCACCCAACUCGUAUGUGUACUUCUGUUUCUUGGUGCAUUGCUUGUACCAAGUGUGAUUACAGCUGAUUCUGACGUGGAAGUCCGAAGCUUCAAUGAUACAAUGAUAGCACUAACGGAAGCAUUAAGUGGAAAUUUCGCUGAUCAAAAUUGGAAUGAAGAGAUGGCCAUGUGGCUUCCAAACGCCUAUCUUUUAAUGGAAGGAAUCCCUCCGGCUUAUGGAACGGAAGCCAUUCGUCAAGCUAUGCGGGACGAUCAACAUCCCGAGACCAUAUCAUCUGAGUACCUCGUGGUGGCACCAAAUGAGGAAGGGGCCGACUACGUUUACGUCUUAUUCACCGAAAAGUGGCACGAUAACAACGGAAAACUGAUCGGUAACAAGAAGUGUCUGGCGGUAUGGCGUAAUACUGACCAAGGCUACAAGGUUGCCAUUUUUAUGGUCAAUUCCAACGUGUAAUAAUUAGAGCCAACAUCAACGGUUGUGCGGCACCUAAAUGUAGCCCGAGCCAUGUUUGGGGCUACAUUAAGGUCCGGGCUACA